UUUCUAGGUGACGUGUCCCGGUAGGGACUGUGUACUUCCGUAAACAUACAAUACACGGCCUUUUUUCUGUGAUGGCUGGAACGGCCCUUAAGCGACUGAUGGCUGAGUAUAAACAGCUGACACUGAACCCGCCAGAGGGGAUUGUAGCAGGUCCUAUUAACGAGGAGAAUUUUUUUGAGUGGGAGGCCUUAAUCAUGGGACCUGAAGAUACAUGUUUUGAGUGUGGAGUAUUCCCAGCAAUCCUCAGCUUCCCUUUGGAUUAUCCACUUAGCCCUCCCAAGAUGAGAUUUACAUGUGAAAUGUUUCACCCAAACAUAUACCCAGAUGGAAGAGUCUGCAUCUCCAUUCUGCAUGCCCCAGGGGAUGAUCCAAUGGGAUAUGAGAGCAGUGCAGAGAGGUGGAGCCCUGUGCAGAGUGUGGAGAAGAUACUGCUGUCUGUUGUGAGCAUGUUGGCAGAGCCUAAUGAUGAAAGUGGAGCAAAUGUGGAUGCCUCAAAAAUGUGGAGGGAGGAUCGUGAGCAGUUUAACAAGAUUGCCCGACAAACUGUGCAGAAGUCUUUAGGACUUUAAAAGGACCCAUUGGAAUUGCACAUGGAUGGAGUCUAUACAAUUCUUUUUUUAUGAUUAUCAUACAGAUGCUUGCAAAGGACCUGUGAAUGUGAGGGAUCAUUUAUGUGCUCUAUUACUUUCCUCAAAAUGUGCUGGGAAGUCCGUAAUUGCAGCAGCCAUUGGGAUUACUCCAUUUUUUGCAAGCUGGAUGGAGAAUUCCCCUGGUUCAUCUCAUAGCUUUUGUACAUAUCAAAGCCUAUAGAAAAUAUUGGACCUGUGCAGACACAUCUUGGUCUUUCCUGCUUCCCUCUCAAUAAUUAAAGCAUACAAUGAUAUUCUGUACAAAAAUACAGAUCAAAUGGGAAUGUGGUUGUAUUGUCAAGCACCUGUGGCACUUAAUUAAAAUAAUUAAAUAGUAAAAUUAUUGUUGAGACCUGUUCAAUGACAGAUAAUUGUAUUAUGAAUGGUCAUGUCUUCUUAAUGCUGUCUUUUUAUGAAAGCUGUUACUUUGAGUC